UCUGCCCCAGACCUGGGAAGCUACAGCCCCAGCUCAUCACUGCAGAGAGCUGUGGCGCCAUGCACGGGGGCCAGCGGCUGCUGCUCCUGCCCCUGCUGGCUAUCAGCCUGGGAGCCCAGGGCAGGAACCAGGAGGAACGUCUGCUCUCAGACCUGAUGCUCAACUACAACCCGCACCUGAGGCCAGCCGAGCGUGAUUCGGACGUGGUCAAUGUCAGCCUGAAGCUCACCCUCACCAACCUCAUCUCCUUGAAUGAGCGAGAGGAGGCCCUCACCACCAAUGUCUGGAUAGAAAUGCAAUGGUGUGACUAUCGUCUACGCUGGGACCCACAAGACUACGAGGGCCUGUGGGUGCUGAGGGUGCCAUCCACCAUGGUGUGGCGGCCGGAUGUCGUGUUGGAGAACAAUGUGGACGGCGUGUUCGAGGUGGCUCUCUACUGCAAUGUGCUCGUGUCUCCUGAUGGCUCCGUCUACUGGCUGCCCCCUGCCAUCUUCCGCUCCUCCUGCCCCGUCUCUGUCACCUACUUUCCCUUCGACUGGCAGAACUGCUCCCUCGUCUUCCAGUCCCAGACCUACAGCACCAAUGAAAUCAAUUUGCAGCUGAGCCAGGAAGAUGGUCAGACGAUCGAGUGGAUUUUCAUUGACCCCGAGGCCUUCACAGAGAACGGGGAGUGGGCCAUCCGGCACAGGCCAGCUAAGAUGCUGCUGGAUGACGCGGCACCAGCCGAAGAGGCGGGCCACCAGAGGGUGGUUUUCUACCUGCUCAUCCAGCGCAAGCCCCUCUUCUAUGUCAUCAACAUCAUCGUGCCCUGUGUACUCAUCUCUUCUGUCGCCAUCCUUAUCUACUUCCUGCCUGCCAAGGCGGGUGGCCAGAAAUGUACUGUCGCUAUCAACGUGCUCCUGGCCCAGACCGUCUUCCUCUUCCUUGUGGCCAAGAAGGUGCCCGAGACCUCCCAGGCGGUGCCACUCAUCAGCAAGUACCUGACUUUCCUCCUGGCGGUGACCAUCCUCAUCGUUGUGAAUGCUGUGGUUGUGCUCAACGUGUCCUUGCGGUCCCCACACACACACUCCAUGGCCCGAGGGGUCCGCAAGGUGUUCCUGCGACUCUUGCCCCAGCUGCUGCGUAUGCACAUUCGCCCGCUGGCCCCAGUGGCUGUGCAAGAUGCCCGGCCCAGGCUACAGAAUGGCUCCUCCUUGGGGUGGUCAAUUGCCGCAGGGGAGGAAGUGGCUCUCCGCCUGCCUCGCAGUGAACUCCUCUUCCGGCAGUGGCAGCGCAAUGGGCUGGUGAGGGCAGCGCUGGAGAAGCUAGAGAAAGGCCCAGAGCCAGGGCAGAGCCAGGAGUUGUGUGGCAGCCUGAAGCAGGCCUCGCCAGCCAUCCAGGCCUGUGUGGAAGCCUGCAACCUCAUUGCCCGUGCCCGGCACCAGCGGAGCCACUUUGACCGUGGGAACGAGGAGUGGUUCCUGGUGGGCCGCGUGCUGGACCGUGUCUGCUUCUUGGCCAUGCUGACGCUCUUUGUCUGUGGCACUGCUGGCAUCUUCCUCAUGGCCCACUACAACCAGGUGCCUUUGCUGCCAUUCCCUGGAGACCCCCGUUCCUACCUGCCAUCACCUGACUGAGCCAACCAACUUCUGUUAGCCAUUGGGAGCCUUAGCUGUGUUCCGCUGCUGCUGAGGUCAUGAGUGUGCCCUUCGGGAAGUGCCCUCCAGAGCCAUGUGAGCCAACUGGCCUUGAGAAAAGCUGGGGAAAUAAAAAGAGAGAGCUGGAGUCUUGGAGUGGUUGGGAACAGGCUGUGGGCAGGGCAGACUGUGGGGUCAGUAUCCACGUGGCACUGGCUAGCCAGUCCUGGUGAUACCCUCACUUGAGGAAAGCAUUAUCAACUUCCAUCAUUUCGGAAGCCCUAAAGACUGUGUUCUAUAUGACGUCCCCAACUAGGCAAGGUCCUAUGCCUCUAAGCCUGGGUUUCCCCUCCCUUUCGCGAGUGGUCUGCAGGCUCCUAAG